AUGACUCAAUUGGCACUUACCAACUCGGUCUCUCUUCAUCACAACUUCAUUCCCAAUUACCGCUCCUUCUCUUGUCAAUCUCAAUUUCCCCCCCUUCACGCUUCUCCCAAACCAUUCCUCCGGUUCACUCGCCAACCGCUUCACCCCCGGUUCAUCGUAUCCUCCGCCCAUCAACCUGAACCGGACCGGCUUCCUCCACUCAAUGCCCAAAAGGGUAGUCAGCUUAAGAACAGAGUUGUUUUUGGACUUGGUAUUGGAAUUUCUGCCGGCGCUAUUAUUUUCGCCGGAGGAUGGGUUUUUGCAGCAGCCAUGGCAGCAGCUGUCUUUGCUGGUUCACGUGAGUAUUUUGAAUUGAUUCGAAGUCAAGGAAUUACCGAAGGAAUGACACCUCCUCCGCUAUACGUCUCACGAGUCUGCUCUGUCAUUUGUGCCUUAAUGCCACUAUAUGUCAUGUAUCGUGGUCACAUUGAUGUUUCUGUGACUUCUUCUGCUUUUGUUUUGGCCAUGGCAUUACUUGUGCAAAGAGGAAAUGCCCGUUUUGCACAGCUAAGCAGUGCCAUCUUUGGGUUAUUUUAUUGUGGAUAUCUUCCAAGUUUUUGGGUUAAGCUUCGAUGUGGUUUAGCAGCUCCGGCCUUGAACACAAGUUUAGGAACAAAAUGGCCUUUGCUUCUUGGAGGUCAAGCUCAUUGGACAGUAGGUCUUGUGGCAACUUUGAUUUCCAUUAGCAGCAUUAUUGCAGCUGAUACAUUUGCAUUCAUUGGUGGCAAGGCAUUUGGUAGAACGCCACUUACUAGAAUAAGUCCAAAGAAGACAUGGGAGGGUACUAUUGUAGGAUUUUGUGGUUGUAUAGCAACUUCCCUUGUCCUUUCAAAAGUAUUCAGCUGGCCAGCAACACCAUUAAGCGCAAUAGCACUUAGCAUUCUGACUUUCCUUGGGUCAGUUUUUGGCGAUCUCACAGAAUCAAUGAUUAAACGAGAUGCUGGGGUGAAAGACUCUGGCUCCUUAAUACCUGGACAUGGUGGAGUACUCGACAGAGCGGAUAGUUAUGUUUUCACGGGUGCGCUUGCAUACUCCUUUGUCAAAACCUUUCUUCCACUCUAUGGAUUAUAA